AUGGCGCCGACCUACGCCGAGCCCCGCCUGGCGCCCCUCGCCAGCACCUUCCAGGUCUGGGGCGCGCCGCCCCGCGCACGGAAGCGCAGCCACAGCUACUCGGGGUAUGCGCCCCACGGCCUCUGGCCGUCGCUCGGCGACCUCGGGGAGUGGCGCGGCGGCGGCGGCGGCCGCUGCGCCCCGCCUGGCGUGGCGGCGUGCACCUCCGCCACCUCGGACGGCGGCUCGACCUCAGCGCCCGAGAGCCGCGCCACAGAGGCGCCGGGCAGCCCGAGAGGACGCGAGGAGCAGGCGGGCGGCCUCGAUGAGGAGACCGCGCCGGAGCUGUGGCCGGACACCGACGAGGACGAGGAGGAGUACGAGUGGACGCCCUGCAGCACCCGCAGAGGCGCCGUGGCCCCAGCACCCGUCGACACAGGGGCCGGGGCGGAAGGCGCGUGGGGCCUCGCGCUCCUGGCGCCGCCACGGGUCCUUGCCACGACCCCGGACACCGUGGCCGCGUGCUCCCUGACGGUGGCCGCAGCCCUGUGCGGGCCGCCGACAGCUCCGCCAGCCCCGGUGCCUCUGCACGGACACGCCGAGGCCGCGCCGCUGGGCGCCCUCGGACUGCCAGUGCUGGCACAGGCCGAGCUGCGCGCGCCGGCGCCCCUCGCAGCACCGGCGCUCCUGCCGGUGGCCGCCGUGGCCUUUGGCGGCCAGCGCUCCCCGGCGGCCCACACUGUGCUGGCCGGCGCCGCGGCCGCCACGCCGAGCGGCGCCGACAGCCUGGAGUCCGCCAUGCGGGCUGCCGAGGCGGCGCUGGCGGCCAUCGAGGCGGAGGAGGCGGCGUCCGCGGAGGAGGGCCGCGGCCGCGCUGCAGCCUCCCAGGGAGGGGCAGCGGCGGCGGCGAGGGUGGGGUGCGCGGCGGGGGGCGCGGCGGGGGCUGCGACGGCGGCGCCACAUCACGUGGUGCAGGUUUGCGCAGGGAGAGCCGCGCGGCAGAUCAAGCGGGGGGUGACUUCCCUGAUGCUGCGCGGCCUGCCACGGGAGGUGGGCCAGCGCGAGCUGCUGGAGGAGGUCCACCGCUCGGGCUUCGCCGGCAGGGUCGACUUCUGCUACAUGCCCCACGAUUUCGCCUCCGGCAAGAACAAGGGCCACGCGUUCCUCAAUUCUCGGCGGACUUUGUCUCGAGCGAGGUGGCUACCGAGUUCCAGAGGGCGUGGCACGGGCGCCCGACGUGCGCGGGCCGCCCAGUCGGUGCGCCCGGGAUCGACAUCUCCGUGGCGACGCUGCAGGGCCUGGCCGCCAACGUCAGCAGGUUGGAGAACCCCCGCACGAGGCGCGUGCGCAAUCCGGACUACCAGCCCUUCGUCCUGGACAGGCUCGCCACCGGCGCGGCGCGCCGCCCCUGAGGAUCAGGGGAGGAAGAGGCACCGGUGCCGCACCGAUGCCGCUGCUCGUUCUGAAGAUACAGUCAAACCGCAUAGCAAGGAUGCGCAACGCUCCCAGGCUGCCCCUGCAUCCUUCCCCUUGUUGCCCAUCCUUGGCCGCGUUCGCUGGCCGCGCCGCGCUCGCAGAGUGUCGGCAUGGCUCUCCAAGGCCCUCGCAUCCGUGCCAUCGUGCGGCCUUGCUGUAAUGGAGCUGGCUGUGGCGAUGUCGGUGCACCGCGGUGGCCCCCAGCGAGGGGGCCAUGCCCUACCGGGCAGCCGCUCGGCGGGGGUCCGCGAGCGCCGGGUGGGCCUCGAUACCCUGCUCCUUCGGGCGGCACCUCCUCUCUCCGCACGUCGGCCGCUCUUCCUGCAGGCGGCGCGCUCCUCGGCACGCCCAGCGCGCGCCCAGACGAGGCACUCUGGCCCUCUCUCUCUCUCCGGGCGAUCCUGCCCGGCCAGAAGCUGCCUCUCGUCCCUAGGGCCUCUCGGUCCACUUCGGAUCUCCGCGGGGCGCUGGUGUCGACCUCCGCUGUCGUUGGCGCGAUGCUGGUCUAUCGCCCCCCCUCGCGGCGCGCUGCUCUGCGCGCCCCUGCAGCUCGAAGCGAAUCUUCGCGAGGGCGCGUGUGCAGCUCGCUGGAUGUACCCUCCAGGCGUUCGGCUCGCGCAUAUUGCAUCUAUCCCCCCCUGUCGCCCGGCCCGAUGUGUUCGCACUGCAGGGCCUGCGCGUUGUGCGGUCCCUGGAGCUGCGCAGCUCCACGCGGAGCUCGCCUUUUUGUUUUCUCCGGCGAGG